GCGAGCACUCUGGUGCACACGCCUACAUGAUUUAACGAAGGAGAUCAAAACAUGUUCGGCAGAGCGACAUCAAGCAAGAGGGAGAUAUUGGACGAAGAAGGAGGAAAGGACGAAGAACCCAAGUGGCCAGCUCCAUCCAGCUGACGAUCAGCAUCUAAUGUUUUAUUUUUUAAGACUGAAAACUUUUGUCAGCGUUGGCCGAAACCACUACCACCACAACCACCAUAAUGACAGAGGAACACAAAGCGGCAGCUAACCCAGGGCAACCGAAGGGGGACCCCGUGUGUCGACGUCUGUCCAGAUGUGCCCUCAUCUUCCUUCUCCUCGCACUCUCAAGUAUCAUCUUCCUGCGGCGCAACAUUCUCACUCUGGAGAACCUGAGCUACCACACAGCCACACAGUCUAUGCUUUUUCAGCCCCAGAACAGCAGCCACCCUGCCUUAGCCCAGAAGGGGCCCCGCCCUCCGUACAAGAACCACACCAUCUGCAGCCACCUGGAGCCUAGCCCCGACGAAGCCCUGGAGGACCGCGCCCUCCUCGACGCCAUCGCCUGGCCCAAGCCCCCCGCCCCCACGUCCCUCAACCAGACCAGUGACCCCGUCCACAGCCUGUUCGCCAUUCUGCCCUCCAAGGGCGGGAGGGAGCGGCGUGUGGGGGACCAGCUUGAGACCCUGGUCCAGAUGCAGGACUUCCAGGGCCGUCCCAAGCGCUACGGGGGGGACUUCCUGGUGGCACGGCUGCACUCCCCGGAGCUGGGGGCAGGAGUGGCGGGCACGGUGGUGGACCACCUAAACGGAUCCUACUCGGCGCUGUUCCCCCUGCUGUGGGAGGGUCCGGCCCAGGUGACGAUCACCAUGGUGCACUCCAGCGAGGCGGUGGCCGUGCUGCAGCGGCUCCGGGAGCAGCGGUCCGACCGCUUCUUCUUCCAGAGUCUGUUUCGCUCGGGCGAGCGGUCUGAGACCACCGUGUGCAACAUGUGCCUGCCGCACAAUCGGCCGCAGGAGCCGCUGUGCAACUACACAGACCUCCACACCGGGGAGCCCUGGUACUGCUUGAAGCCCAAGCGGCUGAGCUGUGACACCAGGAUCAACCAUUUCAAGGGAGGCUACAAGAAGGACCUCGUCACCAACAAAGAAGCGCUGCUCUUUCAGAGCCGUGUAAACAUCAAGGUUGUCAUCCAUGCGUCAGGACCUGAUCGGAUAGACGUGCUUCCUAGGAAGAUAGAUAACCCAGAGUUAGAAAACCGCAGCAUCAAACCAGAGCCGGUCAAGUACAAUCCUUCUGGGUAUUACUACAAAGGCUCCUGGAGGUCCUUUGAUGGAACACCUGUUCGCCAGUUUGACGCCAAAUCGAUCACCCAGUGCCUGACUGGCAAGGUGAUCAAUAUGUACGGAGACUCCACGAUGAGGCAGUGGUUUGAGUACCUCAGAGCGUUUGUACCAGAGUUCAACCUUCGCAGCCCAGCGCAGGCGGGGCCCUUCAUGGCGGUGGACUGUAAACACAACAUCCUGUUGAAGUACCGCUGUCACGGCCCGCCCCUCGGCUUCUCCACCGUCAGAGCCAGCGAGCUCCGCUACGUGGCCAACGAGCUGGACCGCUUGCCUGGAGGCCCCAACACCGUGGUGGCCCUCAGCCUCUGGGCCCACUUCAGCCCCUUCCCCGUGGAGGUCUACAUACGCCGCAUGCGGCACAUCCGCCGGGCGCUUGAACGGCUCCUGGCCCGGGGCCCCGGCACCCUGGUGGUCAUCCGCUCACCUAACUUAAGGGCCCUGGACAAGGAGAUUAGCCUGAACCACAGCGACUGGUUCUCGCUGCAGAUCGACAGGGUUCUCAGGAACAUGUUCAUGGGCCUGGCUGUUGUGUUUGUGGACGCCUGGGAGAUGACCUUAGCCCAUAAUAGCGCCCACAAUAUCCACCCGCCCCCGGACAUCAUCAAGAACAUGAUCAGUCUCAUCCUGACUCAGGUGUGUCCUGCAAAGAAGAAGAGCUAGUGGCAAAGAAAGAAGGAAAGUUGGAAGAGGCGUGCCGUCCAAGUGCUUGUAACAUCGUUGGGUUAUCCUGAUUCUCUUGCCAUGAACAAGUUACUUGUUACUCUUACUUUUUACAAAGGGGUAUUUUUUUUUUUUGCAUAAAAGAGGCCUUUAUGUAAAGCCCCUUGUACUGGAUUCCAUCCAGCUCAUCCCCCAGUUCCCAUCAAAGGGAGGCCUUGCCCAACCGUUAAAACCGGUUUUCUUGGAUCGCUCUCUCUCUCUUUGGUCUGCCGAUGAUAACCCUGCUUGUUCUGAAUUACUAGCUUAUUUGUUAACUUAAAUAUGUAUAUAUAUAUUAUAUAUAUUCCCCUCUCCCCCUUACCAGUGUCUAUAGUGAACCGUGUGUUCCUGUUAGCCUGAUCCUUUGGUCAAUUCUUUGCUGCCACCUUGCAGGUCAGGAGUGUCACUAGAAACUGUACUUUUGGAUUAGUUUAGGGUGGAGAAGGUAACUUCACGUAUGGUCUACUUAGCAGCACGAGCACUUCGCCUUCCUUUGUUAGCUGCUAGUUUAGCUGUUUUGUUUGGUUAUUUUCUUUGACAAUACACGAGUUCCAAGACCCUGUUGCAUGUCUUGCGGUGUCCUACUUUUGUGUUUUAUGUUCACCUGUUCUCUGAUGGCUGAGUAAACACACUUUCCCCAUCA